AUGGUAAGUAGUGAGGGCAGCAAUUUGGGUAUUGCAAGCGAACCACUGCCAAAACCGCAUGGGCACGGAGAGGGGCCUGAGCUAAGCUCAGCUAUAUGUACGCUGGUAAAACCCCAGUGGAUAUAUAACCUGAUCACGCAGCUCAGCACACUCAUUUUUUUUAUCCUGCCCAUGAUGACCAUCAGCACACUGUACCUGCUCAUCGCCAUCCAGCUGAAAAAGGAGAAGAUGCUGCAGGCUAAAACAGAGUAUGAGAACUAUGGCCACAAGAAAACUAUUUGUCAACCACGAACCCAAAGACAACAGGUCACUAAGAUGCUGUUUGUGUUGGUGGUGAUGUUUGGGAUCUGUUGGGCGCCGUUUUAUACAGACCGCCUCAUGUGGAGUUUCAUGGAUGAGUUCUCCAGUGUGAAAAUGUUUCAGGUGUUCGAGUAUGUCCACAUCUUUUCAGCCGUGUUCUUCUAUCUCAGCUCAGCUGUCAACCCUGUGCUCUACAACCUCAUGUCCACCCGCUUCCGUGAGAUGUUCAAGGAUGUGAUGUCUGUUCAUAAACGAGCCUCUGCCCACAGGAAGUUCUCCCUGAGCAUGACACGAGCCACUGUGCGUAGUGUACUGAGCGAUGUUGCUAAUGGCAACACCACCACUGAUGGAGAUUAUGAGUUUUAUGAAUGUCAUGAAAAAAGUCUGUCAGGAUAG